AGAAUGAGCUGCAGGAGAGGAGAGACUUUGGAGCGAACACGGCAGGCCGUACAGGAGAUGAAGGAUCAACUCUCCAGUCCCUCUGUUGUGGCCCAGGCAGAGAAGAAGAACAGACAGGCUCUGAUGGGUGCGUCUGGGCAGGACAGGUCUGAUGGUCUGGAGUCUCACCUGGUGUCAACCAACUCCAGAUACAUCCAGGAUCAACAGGAACAGCAGCAGUUGAUCAUGCAGGACCAGGAUGAGCAGUUGGAGCUGGUGACAGGAAGCAUCAGAGUACUGAAAGACAUGUCAGGACGCAUCGGAGAUGAACUAGACCAGCAGGCUGUUAUGCUAGGAGAGUUUGGAGAGGAGAUGGACCAGACAGGUUCUAGGAUGGACUCUGUCCUCAAGAAGAUGGAGAAAGUCUCCCACAUGACAAGCAGUGAGUUAACACACACACUACAUCUCUGUCAGUUCUUCUCUCUCACACACAUAGACGACAGGUACAACACCACCUCCCUCUUUACCUUAAUAUCACUCUCCCUCUCU